UCGAGCUGCUGUUGCAUCACGAGGGGCGUGAAUCGCGUAGGGAGGCCGGGAAUCCGCGGUUCGACGACACGGAGUUUCAAGAUCGUUAUCUGAAAAUUCUGGUCCUUCAGUUUUUCGCGUUGACGAAGAGGAGUAGUUUUGUUUCAUGGGGGAUGCCUGAAUCGCGAGCUCGAAAUUGCUGCUCGCGAAAUGGCUGCUUCACUCGGUCGCUCUAUUAUUAGAGGAGGCCAGCGGACGCGAGCGCUUCGCCGUGCACGAUUUCUGCGAGCUUCGAAUCGCUCGCGCGUUGAACCGUGAUUUUUCUUUUCUUUUUUCUUUCUUUUUUCGAAGAAUCCCGGAGGAAGAAACCGCUCGAGUGUUAUCGAUCGACGGUGGACUGGGUCGCGGAGAUGUUUCCAUGGGGUGAAAUCGAGAUUUCACGAUCCUAAUCAAGCUCCCUUUUUUUUUCUCUCUUUCUUUGCGAUUCGAGCGAAUAAACGCGCACACUCGCGCCGAUAGCACUGGUACUUUCGUGUGGGCCCUUUCGGCGAAUCAAUACCCUUCGUCAGCUCGUCAAUGUUCCUACAUACGUUGUAAAUAUCAGUUGUUUCCGAGAUAGAGACCUUGUAGAACGAUAACGUUCAACGAACUCUGUUCGAUAGAAUUAAGGGAUGGAGAAGUGAUAAUGACCAGGUAACUAGAGCGUCGACAUGGGUAAGGAGAAGAUACACAUAAACAUCGUGGUGAUAGGCCACGUCGAUUCGGGCAAGUCUACCACCACGGGACAUUUGAUCUACAAAUGCGGCGGUAUCGACAAGCGUACCAUCGAGAAAUUCGAGAAAGAAGCCCAGGAGAUGGGUAAAGGUUCGUUCAAGUACGCCUGGGUGUUGGACAAGCUUAAGGCCGAGCGCGAACGCGGUAUCACGAUCGAUAUCGCUCUGUGGAAAUUCGAGACGGCCAAGUAUUACGUGACCAUCAUCGACGCGCCGGGUCAUCGCGAUUUCAUCAAGAACAUGAUCACCGGUACCAGCCAGGCCGAUUGCGCCGUCCUAAUCGUCGCAGCUGGUAUCGGCGAAUUCGAAGCGGGAAUAUCGAAGAACGGGCAAACGCGCGAACACGCUUUGCUCGCGUUCACCUUGGGCGUUAAACAGCUGAUCGUCGGCGUGAACAAGAUGGACAUGACCGACCCGCCCUACUCGGAGAGUCGUUUCGAGGAAAUUAAGAAAGAGGUGUCAUCGUACAUCAAGAAGAUCGGUUACAACACCGCGUCCGUCGCUUUUGUACCGAUCUCAGGCUGGCACGGCGACAACAUGCUCGAACCGUCGCCAAAGACACCCUGGUACAAGGGAUGGAAAGUGGAGCGUAAGGAUGGAAACGCCGAUGGGAAGACUCUGAUCGAGGCCCUUGACGCUAUACUGCCACCGUCCAGACCUACCGACAAGGCUCUUCGUCUGCCCCUUCAGGAUGUUUACAAGAUCGGUGGUAUCGGCACUGUUCCGGUCGGUCGUGUGGAGACUGGUAUCCUGAAACCAGGUAUGUUGGUGACAUUUGCUCCAGCGGCGCUGACCACUGAGGUAAAGUCAGUGGAGAUGCAUCACGAGGCCCUAACGGAGGCACUGCCCGGCGACAACGUCGGGUUCAACGUGAAGAAUAUUUCCGUGAAGGAAUUGAGGCGCGGUUACGUGGCGGGUGAUUCGAAGAAUCAACCUCCUCGAGGAGCUGCCGACUUCAUGGCUCAGGUGAUCGUCCUGAAUCAUCCCGGCCAGAUCAGCAACGGGUAUACACCGGUGCUCGAUUGUCACACUGCUCAUAUCGCGUGCAAAUUCGCGGAGAUCAAGGAGAAAUGCGACCGUCGUACCGGAAAGACUACCGAGGAAAAUCCGAAGAGCAUCAAGAGCGGGGAUGCUGCGAUCGUGAUGCUGCAACCUACGAAACCGAUGUGCGUCGAAGCUUUCCAGGAAUUUCCGCCAUUGGGUCGUUUCGCGGUUCGUGAUAUGCGUCAAACCGUCGCUGUGGGCGUCAUUAAGAGCGUCACCUUCAAAGAUACCCAGGGCAAGGUUACAAAGGCCGCGGAGAAGGCCCAGAAAAAAAAGUAACCAUCAAGCUUCCUCGGAAGCUCGCAGUCCGCCGGCUGGUGCCCUACGAGCAUCUCCGCGCAGGGAUCCUCAUCAAGGAUGCAGUACGCCGCGGCUGCUCCAUUCAAUUCAUACUCGACUAAUAAUACCAAAAGUGAAAAGAUGUUGUGCUUACCCCCGUUACAUUAUCCGGUAGUAUUGAAUCCGCGCAUCUAUCCGAAUCUGCACAUUCAGUUCACCCACGCCCCGCGCACACCCCACAUAUGCUAGGUGGAUAACGAUUACGUUUUUACUCAUUCUUACAUUGACGAAAAUAUGUGUCCAAUUACAGGUAAGAAAUACUAAGUUCCCCUUGGACUCUGUGUAGUUAGGUUUUUCAAUUAAACGACAACACGUUAACACCGACGAUCAUACGGGAUGUUGUACGUCGUGUGAUCACCGUAAACGGUGACAACACCAGACGAGACACGAGGCAGCGGUCAGGCUACAAGCUUUAACAUCCCAAACGAGAUUUAUGUUCCUCUAAUAUGGUUUCAGUUAAAAAGAAAGGAGACAAAAACCAAACGCGACCGGAAACCUACUUGACUGAUGUGUACCCAGCAAAUAAACCCAGUCGAACACCAUCGAAUCGCCGCUGCCUCGCAUCCCCGACCUUGUUUCUUAAACAAUUUUUAUUUCCCACACGAAUUCGUUAAGGCUGAUUUGUUCGAAGACUUGGUUGCCUCGCUGCAAGAAUAAUUUUAUUACUCGUAUAAGAAGUGUAUUUAUCUCUAGUUAAGGAACAUUAGAUCGUGAUCCCAAUCUUUCGCGAUACGUGCGAACCUCUCUCGCGAUUAAAAGGGUAUUCUCUUUUAAUUAGCAAGCGAGUUUCGUUCACGAAUCGCAUGUGUUAAUCUCGAUAACCCUAAUAGACGCGUUCGACAAUUGUUUUGACCCUUAGCCAGUAUUAUGUUGAUGUAAUAAAAAAAAAAAAAUUUUAAUUGCA